AUGGGUUCUCCGGAGAUACACAACGAUUCAGCCGCGGUGCAGCAAUGCGCCAUUGACAAUCUCAAAGCUGAUCUUUCAUUCCUCGACAAUGCCAAGCCAAUCGAAGCUCCAGAAUUCCUAGAGCGUCGGGACAAGCUGGCGAAAGCGCUGGUCACAAACGGCGUCGACGCCUUCGUCCUGGAGCCCGGUUACACAUUCCAGUACUAUGGCAACAUCUCCCAGGUGGACUGGGAGCCUUGGGAGCCCGAGGAGCGCCCCUUCUUGAUGCUUAUCCUCCCCGAGACCUUGGCAGAUGGCCAAGUCAAGGCCAAGACAGCCUACCUAUCGCCCAGCUUCGAAGAGGGUCGUGUCCGUAUGCUCAGCAUUCCUUCUCAUGACGAAGAGCUGGACAUUGUGAUCUGGGAGGAGCACUGGAACCCCUAUGAAACUCUUCUCAAGUCACGGCUGUUCAAGGGCAAGACGGGAAUCAAGCUCAUGAUGGAUGAGGAGAUCCGAGACUACAUCACCCGCGGGCUGGAAUCUGUCGGCUUCGAGACAGUCGGUCUUACCCCCGAGGCUGAACUCGUCAGACAGCAGAAGAGCGCGGCCGAAGUUGAGUUACUUCGAGCCGUCAACACGGGUACCGUUGUUGCCGUGAGGGCGAUGCGUCCUUGUUUGGUUCCUGGCUUGACCGAGGACCAAGUGACGACGAUUCUGGACAACGCAAUGCUCUCCAUUGGCUUCAGCCUCUUCUUCAACAUUGUUCUCUUUGAGGAGCACGGCGCUCUGCCGCAUGGAGGCUUCGUCACAGGAGGCAAGAAGCUCACCUAUUAUACCAUGAUCGUUAUCGACGUCGGUGCCCAUUACUUGGGCUACUCGUCCGACAUCUGCCGCAGCUUCCUCAUCGACCCGCCAGAGAAUGAUGCCGAAAUCACCGAGGAUCCUCUCCGUGAAGAAAAGGAAAAGGUUUGGCAGAUCGUGCUCGACGCCCAAACGGCCGCUGCGCAGGCUUUCCAGCCAAACAACACAGCAGCCAGCGUUGAUAUCGCGGCCCGCACGGUCAUAGAGAACGCCGGUUACGGUUAUGGCUUCACCCAUCGCUUGGGUCACGGAAUCGGCAUCAAAGCUCACGAAUCACCGUAUCUGAACAAGUUCAACAAGCAGGCGCUGCUACAGCCAGGCAUGACUUUUACCAACGAGCCGGGAAUCUACCUCGAGGGCAAGUUUGGCGUGCGCCACGAGGACAUUUACUUGGUCAAAGAAGAUGGGGAGGCUGAGUUGUUGACGGGGAGAAGAGCGAUUGGCUUGCGAGAGCCUUAA